UCGUGCUGCUGCUCUACUGUAAUCAUAUGAUUGGGAGUCGAUCCUCGCUGCAGAAUACCGACACUCUGGGCGGACACAGGCUGAGGAUCCGGGGCGGAGGACACACCAUCACCAUUGUAGAUUUGUAGCCGCCAGACAAGUGCUUGGAGUCGGUCAAAGUGUCAAACAGAGCCAAACUCCCCCCAUUAAGGAACUUUUCCCAAACUCUGGAAAGACUUGGACAGAGGGGGGCCGUUGGGGAAAAGAAGGGUCACACUCACACUAGAAACCGAAGGACAGUCGAUUUAACCCAACGACAGAGGCUGAGGUUUGAGAUUUACACGCUUGAUAGAGAAGUGGUCAGCGGGUCGCGGCCGGUGGAAUCCCCAGGGUCCUUACAUUGCUUGGCGGGGCGUGUGUCUCAUCUCCUGCCCUCUCUUUCUUUCUUUUCUUAAAAUUUCUCAAUAAGUUUUUUUUCCGCCUUAGUUGGGCUAAUCUUUUGUUGAAGCUAAAGUCAUGGUCGGGGAGACAGAGGUGAAGGAGAGACCCAAGUCCAACCCGGACUAUCUAAUGCAGCUGAUGAACGACAGGAAGGUCAUGAGCUCCCUGCCCAACUUCAGCGGCAUCUUCACGCAUCUGGAGCGGCUGCUGGAUGAAGAAAUCGGCAGGGUACGCAAAGACAUGUACAACGACACACUGAACGGCGGCAUGUUCAACGGCCGGGACAUGGAGGAGCUCCCGGAACCUAUCGGCCCGGUGGCUCAGCUGCAGGAAAAGCUCUACGUGCCCGUCAAAGAGUAUCCUGACUUCAACUUUGUCGGGAGGAUCCUGGGCCCUCGCGGUCUGACGGCCAAGCAACUGGAGGCAGAGACAGGAUGCAAGAUUAUGGUGCGAGGGAAAGGCUCCAUGAGAGACAAGAAGAAGGAGGAGAUGAACCGAGGGAAGCCCAACUGGGAGCACCUGAGCGAGGACCUCCACGUCCUGAUCACAGUUGAGGACACACACAACCGGGCCAAGAUCAAGCUGCAGAGGGCCAUCAGUGAGGUCAAGAAACUUCUCGUGCCCGCUGCUGAGGGGGAGGACAACCUGAAGAAAAUGCAGUUGAUGGAGCUCGCCAUCCUCAAUGGGACCUACAGAGACGCCAAUGUCAAGACGCCCACCGCUGCCUUCCCACUAGGAACCCCUCAGGCGCCUCGCAUCAUCACAGGGCCGACACCCGUGCUGCCUCCGACCCUGCGCAACCCCGCCCCCGUCUCCACGCCGACCCUCAUGCCCCUGAUUCGUCAGAUCCAGAGCUCCGCCCUCGUGCCAGGAGGUAACCCACACCCAGCGCUGGUGCAGCAAGGGCCUGAAUCUGGAAUCAUCUACACACCCUACGAGUAUCCCUACACACUUACACCCUCCAUAUUGGAAUACCCAAUUGACUCAACUGGAGUAUUAGGUAUGGCUUUCCCAACCAAAGGCUAAGCGAUAGCAACCCUCCUUCCUAGCACACACAUGGACUGGCUUGCAGAAAGAACCCCCCUCUCCCCCUACCCCCAAAACAUACUUGUCCCACAGAGCAAACACUCAAAGUUUGCCAUUCUUUAGGAUGAUAGGCUCUUUGACAGUCAUUCAAGUAGUCAAGUGUCCAUUCCUGUUCAUUUCCUCUUUGUAUUAGCAGACUAGCGUUGUGGUGUGACAGCUAUUUAACUUGUUUUAAUAGUUCAGCUUCCGCUUAUAUUUUUAACACAUUUUUAGUAAACCUAUAGAUGUUAUAGUGCUGCUGUUUGUGAUUUAAUAUGUGUUAAAGCUUAUCUUGAUCACAGAGCUAUAGCGUGAUUUUUACUUACAGCCGAUGUUGAAUCUACCAGUCGAGCUUAGUCAGUGAUUAGUGGUUUUGAUUAAUAUUUUCUGAAGAAAACAGAAGACCACAAAGCAGCAAAAAUGUUGUCUCUUGUAGCGAGAAGUGAGACAUUUUUGUUUUAUAUUCACCUUCAGCCUUGAACUCUUGGUAAAUCUGGUUUCACUGAUGUUGGUGCCAUGGGUGGACUGUUUGAUGUCUUUCUGAUGAGUAACCGUCUGUGUUCUGUUUUGGGGCGAUGUUAAUGGCUGUUAGCAGGUGCCAUGACUACUAAGGUACGACGCCACGACAAGAGAAUCCAUCCUUACCAAAGGGUAGUGACCACAGACAGAGGUUAGUUAGCUCACCAGCCACUUUAUGUGUAUGUGUGUGUUAGUGUGUGUGCAUGCAGACCAAUGGACCAAUUUCAGUUUACAUGUGUCUGUAACACGGCAUGCCUUAAAAAGAGGGAGAAAUAACUGUAUCGGGUGAGGAGGUUUCACACUGAAGCAGCGGCAGUGCAAAAUGUGAAACAGUAUUUGUUGCAGUGAAAGUGAAGUAAGUGAGCAGAUUGGGAGGAACCAUGUUAGAGGUCACAGCUGCAGCAGUUAUCGUUGCUUGCCUGUUAGAUAAAGUGGACGGCUUACAGGCCAGGACCCUCUCAAUUAGAAUGGAUCACUCCAUUCAUGUGACUCAGUCCUUGUGACUCUGGAUUUGGAGUCCUCUCUUGGAAACUUUUUUUUUUGUCUUAGUGGUUGUUUAUCUCUUUAUUACUACUUUAAUCCUACAAAUACUGUGGGAAUAUUUUAUUUAUACCCAACAUCAUUCCAGUAGGUUUCCACAACUGCUAUUUUUUAUUAUUAUCAUUAUUAUUAUUAUUAUUAUUAUUCUUAAUGAAAUCCUGUGUAAUGCCCAAUGACUAUAUUACACUUAAAGUAACAGUGAUUUUCUUUUUCUGAAGGUCAUUCAAUUCAAUAUGAUCUUCAGGUUUUACUACUAAAACACAGCGUGUGAUAACUACUGAAGUCUGUGUUACAAGCUCUUUUGUAUGAAAUACUGUUGUUUGUGGUCUUAUCAGUCGCCCACUGGACUUUAUCAUUGGGGCUGUUUACAUCAUUCAUACAUUUCCUAGCCAGAGUGGUGCUGUUACCAUGUAUUUAGCUGCAAAAUAAAUUUGUAUAUAGGGAUUUUAAGGAUUUAAGUGCUUUUAUGAAGCUUAUGGAACAAGACCGCUUGGAAAUACUUGUAGUAUUAUUAUUUUUUUUCUAGUUUUUUUUAGUUUGUAAAUUUUUUUUAUUUUUGUUUUUAUGGUAUGCUUUUUAUAGAUGAAGUGUCUCCAUGUAAACUUUAUUCAAAGUGUGUAGCUACUACUGUUUUAGUCACCACGAAGGUGGCAAUGAAGGCAGUGUUAUUCUCUGUGUAUUUAAGAUGAGGCAACCUUCUCGAUUCUCGGCCUCGUGACUGUUAUAUGCAAUAGAAAUGGAAUAGCUAGCUACGAUGUGUGUGUGCGUUCGCGUGUGUAUGUGCGCGCGUGUGUGUGUGUAUGCUCGUGCGUGCAUGUGAGUGUCGGUGCUCUUGUUGUACACAAUGGACAAAAAAACACUAAAAGGCAAUAAAGAUGACUAUUGAAAAAAAAAAACAUCUCAAAAGGAAACCAAAGCCUCUAAAUUCUUGUAGCUAGUCUGUCUAUUGUUAAAUUGUUUCUUAAGUUCUUCUAAAAUCACCAUCUCUUAACCUCUCAUCGCUGUCUCUUACGGCGCCUCUUUGCUUACUGUUGUCAUCAGGUGCUCUUCUAAUACUCCACAGCAGAUCAAUCAAACCAUAAUCAAUAAUCAGUUAAUCACUACUGUUAAUCACCAAGAUCUUAUGCCUGCUGCUAAACAAUACCUCUACUUGUCAGUAAGCGAGAGUAUUACUGAGGCCCAGACACAUUUCUUUGAACAUAAAGGUCAGUCUCUCACCCACAAAGAAACCAUGCUGUCCCCCUCUCUGUCCAUGGUUUCGCUGUCUUGUCUGUGUUAGACGUAGCCCGGCUAGCAUGAUUAGUAUUACUAUAGCAGCAGUCACACAAGAGGAGGAGUAUCUCCUUAAACGUAACCCUGCAAGCGCCUUCAUCAGCACAUAUGAGCGCCGCCGACCAGUCAUUCUUUAUGUCAACACCUGGUGGUUUAUGUAAGUCCAUGUGAAUGGCCGUGGAGGGCUCAUGAAGGUGCUGUGCGACUCCUAAUGUAAUACCCCUCAUGCUGUGUGACUGCAGUAGAUCUGCCUUGUUGUCAUCCUGACGCCACUAGCUGACACUAAUCUCUCUUCUAUCUUUUUUCUUUUUGUGUCCCCUUUUAUGUGCCCUUUUUGUUUCCUUUCCAUGUCUGUCCGUCUCUGUCCGUCUAACUCUAGCUGCCACGGCAACUAACCCAUGACCCCUUGACCUUCUGACAUUUCUGCCCACUGAUGACCCACCCAUCUCUGCCUACUGGCGUGUUCAUUGGCCCACGGCCCCUGACUCUCCCCCAGCUCAGCCAACCAGAGACCAGCCCUUAAGGAACAGCCCGGCUGCUACUGUCUAACCAGCGAACCAGACGACAGCGAUCAUGGGAAUAAACCUCAGGACCCCACCCAUCACCAACUCCCAAACUUUGCCAAACGUGCCUUCCUUACAAAACUCCAAAGCCAGUUUAUGAAGUUUUUUCCUAAGUCCCAGUCUGUCCAUGCAUCCAUGCAGAACCAGUAGCCUUUACUGAGGAUAGGCCUCACACUGGUGAUGGGCUCAAACUAAUCUCUAGCUAUGCCAAACUGUCUCUCUGAGCUCCCCCACCCUUAGCCCACAUCAGGCAAUAAUAAUAAUGACUAUUAAUAAUGGUAACUAUAUUCAUAAUGAUGGUAAUUAUACUCAUCCAGCACAGAAACCCUUUAAAAACACUAAACUGACAGAGAUAUGUUGAUAUUUUGAAGUAUUUUUCCUCCAGCAGGCACUGCUCACUUAUUGUUGGAAACUUUUCUGACUCGCUUCUCCCUUUUUGUUUGGUCUCAAACUGUAUUUAUUUCAUUAUUAUGAUUGGUUUUUAUGAUGUCUCAUGCAUUAACGUGCUUUCCCUCAAAACACCCAACAUGUGAAACAUGUGAGGAUGUCUUUUGUUAGACUGCACUCUCGAGUGCUCAUUUUACCGCAUUUGAAUGAGAACUCGCGAAAUGUCUGCAAGGAAUCUGUUGUUUUUUUUACCACUUGCUUGGCGAAGAAAAGUAACAAACUGGAAUCCAAAAUGCCAAAGUAUGUCCGAGUGUUUCUGACAAAGCACAAACACGUACAGAGAGGAGGUUUGCGAUUCUUUUGCCUACAUCUUGAGGACUUACAAAGCAAUGCCUUUGCCUUUUUCACACUACAGUAUUGUACGAGCUUGAACAACAGUGCCUUUAUUUAUUGAGCGCCAUGGAACAAUGUUACACCUAAAUCUUUUAUCACUACGCAGAGGCUUUGUGCCCAGCAUACAAUUAUGCCAUGUUGAUUUAUGCAGAUUAAUAAGGACUGCAGGAAAUGUGUCGCAGACUAAUCGUAAUCUAGCAUCUAAAUUUUACGGUUGUACAUCCACAACUCCUUUCAAUUCAGACUUUAGUGCCAAACACAAUGACUCAUCUUAUUUGAAAGUGCAAUGCAGUAUUGAAGCUACAGCGUCUCGGAUGUGUAUGUGAGGCUAGUGCGCCUCAAGGCAGCAGUGUUUUAGUAUAUGUUUUCCGUUUGUUUUGUUUGGUAUGGCUGUUUUGUGUUGUUGGGGAUGAAGACGCCCAUACAUACAGUAUAUUUUUGCACGUGUAUCCACUUUUUCGGAGGGUGUGGUGCACUUUUACACAAACGCAAACCAACUGAUGCCUUGCAAUAAAAAAAAAAAAAACAGUUGUAACAUCUGUAACAAGUUUAUAAUGUAUUUUUAUAUUUUAUUUUAUACAUGGAAAUAACAUUAAAUGACCUUUUUCAGAUAAGAACAUUAUGCCUUAUUAUGGAGAUUAAUUUGAUGACUGAACUGCCCUUCAUGUGUCAUUUGUAGUCAUGACCUGAGAAACUGGAAUCUGAUGUGUCAACUUGAGCCUUUGAGAUCAGCAUUGCUUGCCUUCUGUGCCUUUUGUAUAUUAUAAGUGUGACAAUUAACAGUGUAGUAUGACAUUAAUCUACUCUCCAGUGCCAAGUUUAGGUACUAACUGUUACCACUUCUGUGAUUAUUAACCACUUUAAUGGUAUCUGUCACUGCUUUGGAUUCCUUAAAAAAAAAAAACAUGUCUACAAAAUGAAACAAGAUAUGUGUUGAACAAUGAUCUUUUAAAUUUUUAAGUAUUCUAAGCAGGAAUAACUCUUUGUACACCAUUAAACUCAUAGAUGUAAAACUAA